AUGAACGUGGAUCUUCUUGUCCGUGGUGAUCUCACCCAGCAACUCCAAGCUUUGUACGCAGAGUCAAGUUCGGAGUUUGUGUUCAUCUUCUUGAUUGACCCGAAGCGUCAUGGCCGUGCAGACAACUAUCGGGCGAUGCCAGCUGCAGACAAGAUCAUGCUGGGCCAGGUGGCCGCAGCGCUUUUCAACAAGGACAAGCCCAAUUUCCGGGAGGAUUCCGACAUGCUGAUUUGCUUCGAUGGCAGGAGUGUGAACACAAACAGCCAGAUUACCAAGCUCCUCUUGAAGCCAGGCAUCGAGUGCAAGAUCCUCCCGGCCAGGGGUGCUGCAGUUUUGCGUGUAAUGCACCACCAUCGUGAGUUCAGUGUCAAUGGCUGGGUUCGCCAGCGUAGCUGCGGUGGGCUGUGUCCAAAUCUCCCGGACCCAUUGGAAAGUGUUUUUGUGGCUGCAGGGUCAACACGAUUCAAGAAUCUCCCGCGAAGGGAGAGGCGUUGGGUCGACCUUCCCGGUGACAAUGCCAGCCGUGGAUGGACAGGGGUUGGCUUGCGGACCCAAGAAGACUUGGAUCUGAAUUCCGUGUUGCCUCAGACAAAGGAUCUCUUGUUUCAGGGUCAGCCAUCGACGACUGAAUCCCACACUUCAGAGUGUCCUGAGGACGAGUCGGAGAGAGUCAGAGUCAGUUGCUUUCCCUGGGAGCACAGCGAGUCCAUCUUCAAGGAAUUGCACAAUUGCUUGGCAGCUGAGACUUCUCAGGCAAAGACGCUGAUUGUUGACUUGACUCCUGGAUCAGGGGUUGCCGCAACAGCAGCAGCUCGUCAUGGAGUCAAAUACCUCGCUUAUUGCCACAACGCGCUACACAUAGAUUUGAUCCGGGAGACAGUUCGAAAGUUGACGAGAGCAGCUUCUCUUGGUGGAGAGUCACAAGGCGGCACUUCCUGUGCAGGAGAGAGUGCCCAAGGCGCUCAGUCCGUAGUCAUCUCUACUCCUGAGAAAACUGAGAAAGGUGUCGAUGAGGACCCUGAGGUUUUGUCACAGUCAGAGCCCGAGAACUAG